AUGUUUAUUAUCAAUCUAUUACUAUACAUCAUUCCAAUCCUCCUAGCCGUUGCCUUCCUAACACUAGUAGAACGAAAAGCCCUAGGAUAUAUACAAUUCCGAAAAGGUCCUAAUAUUGUAGGACCUUACGGCCUUCUACAACCUAUUGCCGAUGCUGUCAAACUAUUUACAAAAGAACCACUACGCCCACUAACAUCAUCAAUCUCAAUAUUUAUUAUUGCCCCUAUCCUAGCCCUCACCUUAGCAUUUACUAUCUGAACACCCUUACCAAUACCCCACUCCCUAAUCGACCUAAAUUUAGGACUACUAUUUAUCCUAGCACUAUCUGGGUUAUCAGUCUAUUCAAUUCUAUGGUCUGGCUGAGCAUCAAACUCUAAAUACGCCCUCAUAGGAGCCCUACGAGCCGUCGCUCAAACAAUCUCAUACGAAGUAACCCUGGCCAUCAUCUUAUUAUCAAUUAUACUUAUUAACGGCUCCUUCACCCUAAAAAACUUAAUCAUCACACAAGAAAACAUAUGACUAAUCAUGACUACAUGACCUCUAACCAUGAUAUGAUAUAUUUCCACCCUAGCAGAAACUAACCGAGCCCCAUUCGAUUUAACCGAAGGCGAAUCAGAACUAGUGUCCGGCUUCAACGUUGAAUAUGCAGCAGGUCCAUUUGCCAUAUUUUUCCUAGCUGAAUACGCCAACAUUAUAGCUAUAAACGCCAUAACAACCAUCCUAUUCCUUGGCUCAUCAAUCAACCACAACUUCACCCAUCUAAAUACACUGUCAUUCGUAAUCAAAACAGCACUACUCACAUUUAUAUUCCUAUGAGUACGAGCCUCAUACCCACGAUUUCGAUACGACCAACUAAUAUACCUACUAUGAAAAAACUUUUUACCCUUAACAUUAGCCUUCUGCCUAUGAUUUAUCUCUAUCCCAGUAGCACUUUCAUGCAUUCCACCGCAAAUCUAA